GAAAAAGAAGAAGAAAAAGAAGAAGAAGAAGAAGAAGAAGAAGGAAGUUAUUUAAAGGGGAGAUAAUCCUGGCAGGUUUUGGAAUUUCUAUGAAACUCAUUUCCGUUUCAAAGUUUUUCCUUUCAUUAAAUUCUCGAAGAUGCCAAAGAAACGGGCCAAGUCCGUGCGUGCACACAAAGCAACACAGAAAGAAGAGGAUUCAGAUUUAAAAAAGGCUCCCCAUUCGUUUGUCAUUAAAAGUGGAAAUGUAGGGAAAUAUGUACAGCAGUUAGUAAAAGAUGUCAGGAAAGUCAUGGAACCUUAUACGGCAUCCAAAUUGAAGGUCAAAAAAUGGAACAGAAUAAAGGAUUUCACUACAAUUGCAGGUUAUUUUAAUGUCACACAAAUAUUAUGCUUCACAAGAACAGACAACUAUUUGAAUCUGCGCAUCAUUCGACAGCCUCGGGGACCAACUUUAUACUUUAAAGUCUGUGAAUACUCAUUAACAAAGGAUGUUGAAUCUGCAAUGAAAUCUAUCAAUCGAAAUUGUAAACAAUUUGACCACCAACCUUUGUUGGUGAUGAAAAACCUAAACAUAAAAACAAUAAGCAUGAAGCUCGUUACUACAGUCUUUCAGAACCUCUUUCCUUCAAUUAAUGUCAACCAGGUGAAACUAAGACGAAUCAGGCGUUGUGUUUUGUUAUUUUAUGAUCCCGAAACAGAAUUAAUACAAUUCCGACAUUAUAAUAUUAGGGUUGUUCCCACGGGUCUCACUCCUGCUGUCAGGAAAAUUAUCAAAAAGAAGAAAGUUCCCAACCUUGGCAACUAUAAGGACAUCAGUGACUAUAUUGAGAAUGGUGGAAAUCUAUCUGAAAGUGAAGCUGAAUUUGAUGGUCCCCUAAAUGAAGUUGUACUUCCUCAGGAGGUGUCAGGUGUUGGAAAUAAAAUAGCGAAAAAAAGUGCCAUCAGAUUAACAGAAUUAGGGCCAAGAAUGACCCUCCAGUUGGAAAAAAUUGAAGAGGGUGUUUGUGGUGGAGAUGUACUCUUUCAUAAUUUUAAAAGUAAAACACCUCAAGAAGUGAAGGCUACAGAAAAAAGGAGAGAAGCUAAACGUAAAUUGAAAGAAAUGCGUAAGAAGCAACAACAGGAAAACGUCAUGAAGAAGGCCAAGUUAAAGGAAGAGCAUAAAAAGAAAUCGUUGAAGGGAAUGGAGAAAGCAAAGCAGCUGAAAGAGGAAGGCACUGAAGCUGAUGAAGACGAUCUCUCAAAAGAACCGGAUGAAGAUGUGGAAGAAGAUGAUAUUGAAUAUUACAGACAAGAGGUGCAGGCUGAACCAGAACCAGAACUGUUUUCCAAAAAGAGGAAAAGUAAUUUUAAAUCUGCUACAAAAAGCAAAAGAUUUAAGAAAGACGAUAGUCCAGCCCAAAAGAAAUCUGACUCUAAGAAAAGCAAGAUGUCUGCAUUGUCAAAGAAAAAGAAAGAGAAUUUCUCUCGAACAAACAAGAAAUUUGUAUCUAAGAAACCAAAAGGCAAAAGACUUUCAUCCAAGUCAAAAUCUAAGUUUGGCAAUAAAAAGAAACGAAAUUGAAUAAAAGUUUUAAGAAUUGUUUUGUUUUUAUA